AAGUGUCAGCAAGAAAACCAUAUACCAAAUCCAAGAAAGAGAGCUUUUCAACUACAAUGCUCAAAAUAAGGCAAAACACAGCUUCUAAUUUCAAACUCAUUUCAGUUCCAUCCAAAUUAGAAAAUGGCUGCCAUUUCUUGGCUCUCAAUGAUUCUUUAUCUCUUCAUUCUUUUCAUUCUUUCUAUUAUUCCAAAAUCUUCUUGCCAAUCAUUGUCACCGCAAAAUGUUGAAACUUUCUAUCCCUUUCCUUUACCAAAUCUUCUCCCUCCUCCUAUUCCACCCGUUCAACGGCCACCACCAUCUCCGCCUCCGCCUCUGCUUCCACCCCCUACACCGCCAUUGGACACGCCUGCGCUGCCGCCUUCUGUGUUAGCACCAGAUUCAUCAUCAAAGAAAGCUGUUGGAACAGCUAUUGGUGUUACUGCUGCUAGCACUAUUGUUUUAUCUGCCCUUUUCUUCUUCUUUUUGGUUAGGUACUCGAGGCGUAGAAGAAAGCAACGAGAAGAUGGCGCGAGUAGUGAUCCACGGGGUACUGGUGCUACCCCUGUGGUUGCAAAAGAUGAAUUCUUGAAAUUUGAAGGAAAUCUUAAAGGGGUAAUUGUAGAUGAAAAUGGAUUGGAUGUGCUUUAUUGGAGGAAACUAGAAAGUGGAGAAGUUAAAGAAAGUUUCAAGAAAAAACAAGUCUUUGUUAAUGCACUAAAAGAUGAAGAAGAAGAGAAAAGAAUGAUUAGUAGAGGAGUUGGUGGUAGGAGGAAAUCAGAGCAUCCAAUCCAAGAAUUGCCUCUGCUUAGAGGCAAAUCUUCAACAUCUCAAAGUCCUUCUUGGCUUGAACUAGAAAAUAAACAACCAAGACCUUCUGCUGGCAUAGUUUUUAACCCUAUGGAGAAACAAGACUCUUCUAGCCAACUCGAGUCACGAGCUCUGCCUCCAGCUCCUUCACCACCGCCACCACCACCACCAUUGCCUGUGACAGCAAUUCAAAAGGCUCGUAAUCCUCCACCUCCACCGCCACCAGUGAUAAGGAAAGGCCCUCCACUACCCCCACCACCUAUUAAUCCUAGUGGCUUGCCUUCAUCAUCAGGUGAAGGCACUUCUGGUAGUGGAAAUGAUAAAGUGAAACUGAAACCAUUGCAUUGGGAUAAAUUGAAUGCUAAUGUUGAUCAUUCAAUGGUCUGGGACAAACUCGACCGUGGUUCCUUCAAGUUUGAUGGAGAUCUUAUGGAGGCUUUAUUUGGAUCUGUUGCUACAAAUAAGAAGUCCCCCGGAAGAGAAAGGAGAUCAUUGAGUCCAAGAGAAGAAAUAUCAGGUCCACCAUCUCAGAUAUUCAUUCUUGAAACCAGGAAAUCCCAAAACAUAGCGAUUGUACUCAGGACCCUUGGUGUUACUCGCAAAGAGAUCAUCGAUGCACUAAUCGAUGGACAAGGUCUAAGUGUUGAGACUCUAGAGAAACUGAGCAGAAUAACCCCAACAAAAGAAGAAGAAUCAGAAAUUCUUGCAUUUGAAGGAGACCCUACAAGGCUAGCUGAUGCUGAAUCUUUCCUCUUCCAUAUCCUCAAAGCUGCUCCAUCCGCCUUUACUCGUUUCAAUGCCAUGCUUUUUAGAGCAAAUUAUGGCGCUGAAAUUCUGCACCAGAAAGAGUACUUGCAGACACUGGAAUUGGCUUGCAAGGAGCUUAAGACUCAAAGAUUAUUCUUGAAACUUUUGGAAGCCAUUCUAAAGGCGGGGAAUAGAAUGAAUGCUGGAACUUCUAGAGGAAAUGCACAAGCAUUUAAGCUUACUGCUCUCAAGAAGCUCUCUGAUGUGAAAAGUAUGGAUGGUAAGACCACAUUGCUUCACUUUGUUGUGCAAGAAGUAGUCAGGGCAGAGGGCAAACGUUGUGUGACUAAUCGUAAUCAGAGUUUGAGGCGUAGCAAUAGCCAGAGUAGUGGGAGCAGUGCCAUUCCAACCUCAAAGAAUGCUACUGAAAAUGAUGAGACAGAAAAGGAGUAUAUGAUGCUUGGUUUACCGGUGGUCGGCGGCCUAAGUUCUGAGUUCACUAAUGUAAAGAAAUCAGCUGCAAUAGACUAUGACUCGCUCUCUAAGACGUGCUCAAUGUUAACAGCUCAGACAUCAGAAAUCAGGAGGCAUUUAGCACAAUGUGGCAGUGAUAAAGGAUUAUUUGGAAAAGAGAUGAAAAAGUUUCUGGAUGCUGUAGAUAAAGAAAUAAAAGCAGUGAGAGAAGAACAAGAUAGAGUGAUGGAACUUGUAAAGAAAACAACAGAUUAUUAUCAAGCAGGAGCUUCAGAUGAUAAAGGGUGGCAACCACUUCAACUAUUUACCAUAGUUAAAGAUUUCUUAGAAAUGGUUGAUCAAGUUUGUGUAGAAAUUACAAGAAACAUGCAGAAAAAGAAACCCCUUGUAGCUGUUACAGGAUCAUCAUCACCGGGAAUGGCGAAUAAUAGGGCUGUUAGAUUCCCAAAAUUGCCUGCUAAUUUCUUAUCAGACAUUUCAAAGAGCAGUUCUUCUUCUGAUUCUAGUGAUGAUUCAUGAAUACCAGACAAAGAAAAUCUGAAGGGAUCAAGCUCUGUACAUAGAGAGGAAACUAUAAUGUAUUUGAAGUGUACACAGAUUUGUUUCACUAAUGAUUUCAACUCUGAGAUUCUUUUUCAA